UCCGCAUAACUCCACUCUGCAUAACUCACUCCACUCCGCAUAACUCCACUCCUCCUCUCUUUUGCUCUCUUAUCUUCUUCCUCCGCUCUGGCUCCCAUUGCUCAAACCGGCCCACCCCUUCCAUCUGCUGCCCCCUCUGCACCCUUCUCAAGCUCCUGUCUGUGGCCAAGGGUUUCAGGCACAGGUGCCUCAAGUUAGACUACUAUUGUCCUUAUGUAGGCACCUCAGUGAGUGUCUGGAAUUGCAAACCUGCCUAACUUUGAGGCAUCCCCAGUUUUGAAAAUCUUGUCCCAUGUGCCUGCUCCCAUGGUGUGCCUUGUCCUCGGAACAGUCUCCCUGUUUUGUGCACCAGCAAAUGACAACCUUCAUCCAAAUCCUGCCUGGACACACAGUUCUCCUGAGAACUAGUUAAGCAAGAAUCCACCAAAGAUAGAAAACAAAACUGCUCCAUUUUGAGACUGGGCAGCAGGUGUAUUGUGUAUCUGAACUAAGUCUGCUGAGGCAAGAAGCAUGCCUUCCUCUCUCUUUGGACAGACCGGAGCACCCGGCCAACCUGCAGUCUACUGCCGCACAAGAGCUGCUUGCUCAGGUGUGACGCGGAUGGCCAUCACGUCAUGCAUCUUCCCUCUAAGCUGCUGUCCGGUGAAUGUUCUGUCCUUCAUGACUGUGUGAUGUUCGAGGAAUUCUUUUUUCAGUCCACAUUUAAGCAGGAGAACGACGCUGCAACGCACAUGGUUUGUGCAUGAAGUAUUGCAGGGAGGGAAAGUCGCUAGCUAGAUUCCCGAGCUCAUCAUGAGUGACCUGGAGUCCCUGGCAGUGCCAAGGAACGAUCAUCCUAGGUACUCACAGCAGCUGGAAAACAGAAGGAGGAACGUUUUUGUAACCCAGUUAGGGGAACACAGGGAAGAAGAGGAUAAAGACGUUACUCAUAUCCCCAUCAUCAGCGAGGCCCCCAGCAAGAUUCUUGAGACUGAUGCAAACUCUUUGCAAAAAACCUUGGUUCUGAAGAAAGAGGUUGAAGUUGAUCGUGUCACGGCAGAGCUGAUUGCUAAGAGGCAGGAAUUUAAAGAGCGGAUGGAAGCUGUGGCUCAGCGGAGAGCACAAUUUGCAAAAAAGCAGCAGGAUAGCAGGAAUCAAGCUCUUAAAUUUGACAAGUUUCUUAAAGAAAGUGAUGUGAAGAGGAGGCGUGCACUCCAGAAAUACAAAGCAGAAGUAAAAAUGAAUGAAAUAAAACAGAGGGAGAUAGAUAAAUUGGUAGCAGAACUUGAAAAACUCAAAGUCAGACAACAGAAGCUGCAAAAGAAGGUAGCCAAGCAAAAAGUGUAUGAGGAUUUCCUACUGAAAGUCAUUGACCAGUUGCCUGACAACUAUCUGGAGUAUGGUACAGAUUCUGUCAUUGGAGCUAUCAGACGGCAUGAGACGCUGUCAGCUACAAACCAGACCUUGAUAAAGAACUUGAUCACUCUGUCAGAUGACUUUGAGAAAAGCCAGCGUGACCUUGAAACCUUGCAACGGGAACAUGAUACCACAAAACUUAUGCUGAUUAGGGAACUUUCUGAGCUUCAGAUGAAAUGCAACAGAAUACAGGAGAAAAACAAGCAGCUGGAAGUCAGUAUUAAUCAAGAGAAAGGUCACUUCAGAUAUCAGAGUCAAGAGCUAGGCAGCUUGUUGUUAGCUAUCGCCAACCUGGCUGAGCAGUGCCACACGCAGUAUUAUGGCCCCUUGCAGGAAAUGGAAUGGUUGUCAAAACUGGACAUGAUCCAAGAAUUCAUUCUGGAAAAAAAGCAUAUCCAGCAAUUAGCGACUCAGCCUGAUGAAUCUGGGGCAUUGCUAUCUAGUCUUGGAGACCAAACUCAGAGCAGAAAAAUGGGAAUCACCAAGAAGUUCCGAAGCCAAGUUCCAGCAGGCAGUGGUGGUGUAAUACAAACUCCUAAAAACAAGGGGAAAGCAACUGUCUGACCCUGUUUUGUAUUAAUGUGUUGCAGUUUCCAAAGCAAUGGAAGAGAGGAAAUAUACAAGCUUCCUCAGACUUACUGACUUUUCUUACUGUGAAAUGCUUCUUUCUAGUGCCUUCAUUUUUAAUAUUUGUGGCUUCCAUACACUCACAAGUUUGGCAUCUGUCCACACAAUUACUGGACUGUAACUCAAAAGGCAAAAAGCCCACCAAUAAUGCAAAUGAAAAUUACAUUGGUUUUGCUAUAUGGGUAUAGGAUUAGUCCAUUACUAACUGUGGGUUUCAUCCAUGGCACCUCCAGUGAAAUUAGUAAGGAGUCAUUUAUGAUAUUCCAUUCUUUGACCAAAAAGUAAGACUAAAAUCGAUUCAAUAAAACAUAUUGGACCACA